CAAAAAGCCCGAGGUUGAGCUGGCCCGUCGUCAACACGUGAUCUUCGCCUAACUCUAACCAGCCGCUCAGAAAAUUAUUUCUCAAAACUCGACGAUAUCAGCAAAAGAUAUCCCACUCGAUCCAGAGAUAUUCCAAACAUGAAGCUUCUCACAGCAAAUUUUGUGCAGUGCUCAGUUAAGGCCUGCUCGGCUACGCCCAAGUGCUUCCCUUUGCACUUUGAUCAGCAGACCGCGGAUGUGCCACUUGAGCUGGCACACGAAGACGUCGACUUUAGUCCUGAGUUCAUUUACAAUAUCUUACCGCGUAUUGACUGGCCUGCUUUGUUGAUUACUGCUCGCGAGCUGGGAAAUAAUAUGCUGCCAGAGACUACGCCCGAGAUCGAGAACCCCAACGCUCCCGAGAACGAACAGAUUCUGCGAGAUCUCCAUACUCUUCUUCUUGAGACCCAAAUCAUCCAAGGAUCUAUGCGAUGCGAGAACUGCAACCACAUCUACUUCAUCCGCGACUCUAUCCCAAACUUUCUCCUCCCCGGCCACCUCGUCCAAUAGAGCAAUCUUCAACACUCGCCUCCUAUUGCUCACCUUUGGCCAGGUCCACCUGUAUAUUACACAAAAGUUCUUCUCGCCGGUCUGCUGAGUUUCUCUUUGUCACGAUUUGUUAUGUUUGUUUAGGUUGUAUAUAAGUUUCUUGGUGCCAUAUCUAUUGGGUUAAAUCAUAUUGCGUUAUUAUCUGAAUUUGAGGCUUCGCAAGGCUCGAGGCGCUUG